AUGGCAUUCCCCAACCAUUUGUCCCAGGAAAUGGGCCUCCACCAUUUCGCCGACCACCACCUGCCGGAAAACGCCCCCGUCUACAGGGGGGACGUCCUCCCCGAGCAGCUCGCCCCCGACGGGAAACCCCACCGCCCCCCGCCCGCCGCCUGGCUCAGCAGCGCCAAUUUCCUCAACCUCCACACCGACGCCGACUCCUCCUCCUCGCCGGCCGCCGCCGCCGCGGGCAGCCAGUGGCUCUCGCGCCCGAUCCUGCAGAGGAGCGGCGGCGGCGUCGGGGAGGACGUCGUCCAGGUCUCGGGCGACUCGAUGAUGGCCGCCGCGAUUUCCCACGAGUCCGCCGAUUUGAACAACAACGGCGGCAGCGAGAGGCCGGCGGAGGGGCCGGUUGACUGGCGGAGCGCGAGGUGCAAGGCGGACAUCCUGUCCCACCCGCUGUACGAGCAGCUCCUCUCGGCGCACGUUGCGUGCCUGAGGAUUGCCACGCCGGUGGAUCAGCUGCCGAGGAUCGACGCCCAGCUGGCGCAGGCGCAGCAGGUGGUCGAGAAGUACGCGGCCCUUGGGCGCGGGAAUCUAGGCGACGACAAGGAACUUGACCAGUUUAUGACGCAUUACGUGCUAUUGCUAUGUUCAUUCAAAGACCAGCUGCAGCAGCAUGUACGCGUUCAUGCAAUGGAAGCAGUUAUGGCGUGUUGGGAGAUCGAGCAGUCUUUACAGAGCUUAACAGCAGGAGUUUCGCCAGGAGAAGGGACAGGGGCAACAAUGUCGGAUGACGAGGAUGAUCAGGUAGAUGAUAGCGAUGUACAUUUGUUCGAUGGAAGCUUCGACGGCGCUGACAGUAUGGGAUUUGGUCCUUUGAUCCCAACAGAGAGUGAGAGAUCUUUGAUGGAGCGUGUAAGGCAGGAGCUCAAACAUGAACUCAAGAAUGGUUACAAGGAGAAAAUUGUGGACAUUCGGGAGGAAAUCUUGCGCAAGAGACGAGCAGGAAAACUCCCGGGUGACACUACCUCAGUCUUGAAAGCCUGGUGGCAGUCGCACUCAAAGUGGCCGUAUCCCACAGAGGAGGACAAGGCGAGAUUGGUUCAGGAGACAGGAUUGCAACUGAAGCAGAUAAACAAUUGGUUCAUUAAUCAAAGGAAGAGGAACUGGCACAGCAAUCCUUCUUCGUCAACGGCCUUGAAAAGCAAGCGCAAAAGGUGA